CCUCCCCUCUCCUUCCCUCCUUCCCCCCCCCCCCCCCUCCCCCUCUCCCAUCCUCUCCGCCCCCUCUCCUCCUCCCUUCUCCCUCCUCCCCUCGAGGCAUUCUGAACUCAUUCCCCACGGUGCCUGCAGACCCCAAUUGGCAUCAUGUGGAGGGCUUCAGAGAAGCUGAUGGACACCAUCCGUCACUAUGCCUCGUUUCCCGCAACCGGUGUCUCCCUCAGGCAGAUGGUCCAGUUCGGCGACAGGCCGUCAACGGGAACUCUCUUCCGUGCCUCCCAGUUCUUGUCCGAAGAGCUCCCCAUUCGCCUUGCACACCGCGUCCAGGAGCUGGACGAUCUGCCAGAUGGAUUGAACGAAAUGCCGUCCAUACAGAAAGUCCGCGAUUGGUAUGCGCAGUCGUUCGAGGAAAUCAUCACUCUUCCCCGCCCAACUCUCUCACAAGAAGUCAGAGCUCGCCUCCUUCGCCCUAGCAAACCCAAUGGCCGAGAAGUAAGAGUCCUCGAGGAAGCUACCCGCAAUCCAAGCAUACGCGACGACCGAUAUCGAUCUUCGACAACCUCAAUCCUAAGAGCAAACGGCUCGCUCUCCAAUACUAAUGGAGCCACCACCAUCGGCAAUGGGAACGGGAGAAGGACAGUGGCCGGAAACAGAAGAUACUUCGUAUCCGCCGACGAUGGCCAAGAGUGGCCUCCGGAGCUGAAUGAAUACAACAACAAGUUCUCCAAGACCCUCCAACACAUCAAACGGCGGCACGACGCCGUCGUAACGACGGUCGCACAGGGGAUCCUGGAAUACAAGCGCAAACGCCAACGCAUGCAAAUCGAUUCGAACAUCCAAUCCUUCCUCGAUCGUUUCUACAUGUCCCGCAUCGGCAUCCGCAUGCUCAUCGGCCAACAUGUCGCCCUCACCGACCAAACACACGUCCACCACCCCAACUACGUCGGCAUAAUAUGUACAAAAACCAACGUACGCGAACUGGCCGAGGAGGCCAUCGAGAAUGCCCGCUUCGUCUGUGAAGACCACUACGGCCUCUUCGAUGCGCCCAAGGUGCAGCUGAUCUGCAAGCCGGAUCUGAAUUUCAUGUACGUCCCCGGCCACCUAUCGCACAUGCUCUUUGAGACAUUGAAGAACUCGCUGCGGGCCGUGGUGGAGACGCAUGGGGCGGAGAAGGAGGCGUUCCCCGUUACGAAAGUGAUAGUUGCGGAGGGGCGGGAGGAUAUUACCAUUAAAGUCUCGGAUGAGGGUGGUGGGAUUCCGCGCUCGUCCAUCCCGCUUGUGUGGACGUAUAUGUACACGACCGUUGAUCAGACACCGAAUCUGGACCCAGAUUUCAAUAAGAGUGAUUUCAAAGCGCCGAUGGCUGGGUUUGGGUAUGGGUUGCCUAUUAGCAGGCUUUAUGCGAGGUAUUUCGGCGGGGAUUUGAAGCUGAUUAGUAUGGAGGGCUACGGCACCGACGUCUACCUUCACCUCAACCGCCUCUCCUCCAGCUCCGAACCGCUCCAGUGACAAUUACCGGUGAUGAGGGAUGGCCAGCCGCUCGUGAGCUCCUCGCGACACUUCUACCCGUUGCUGCAUGAUACAUCGCCAUCACCAUUAUCAUUAUCAUCAUCAUCAUCAACCCGCUCGCGAGUGGUAUCCCAAGGAUUGACACCUAUGAACAUCGAAGCUAUCCGACGUGCACGUGCCCACCAGCGAGAUUCGCGCGGGGGUCAUAGCAGCGGUGGUCGGGAGGUCUCGGAGCGUAAGCAGGUGGGCGACGCAGUUAGUUUGGUUAGUGGGGCGGAAGGGAGGGAAGGGCCUAUAGGGAUGAGUACCGUUUGAGUUUGUUUGGGGAUUGUGUGGGAAUGUGCUAGGUGAAUGCUCCCAUGUGAUGGAAAUCGCGCUUCCCUCCCAUUUCCAGCCCCGCAGCUCCUCUUCUGCUCCUCUGCUCUCCCCUGUGCCACAUAUCUGGUGAUUUGGGAACAUCGCUCUGCAUCUUUCAUUUCGAAGUAGGGCUGUAUAUAGCAUGGGGACUUGAGAGCCAGAAACGGAUAAAAUCCCUCUCAGGCCCUGAUUUUCCGUCCUCCUCAUCUCCCCCUUCCACAGCCUCCUACGCCCACGCAGCCAGCUCGUUCUCCCGGCGGAAUAUAAAAUUUUCGAGUGGAUACGAUACAUACAUACUCCGCAAAUACUACUUGCUAUACUCAAGACGCCUUUUGUUUCUCACUCGCCUCGCGACACACACUCACACCGAUACCUACUUCUCGACCUCCACCGUUGUCCUCUCAAUGCGGGCAAAGGGUACAACCCUAGCCACUGAAUCGUCAAGAAUCUACCACGACCGUUACAGGCAUGAGUUCAGCCCUAUCUACGAAGAAAUACACGUGAAAGAUAAAUUCGGCAGAAUGGAUAUAUUUGGAGAUUCUUUACAUCGGAUGGCCCUUCUCCCUAAAUGCCCUUGGGAGAAAUAAAUCCUGGGAAUCUCUGAAUAUAUCAGAAAACUCUGAAGAACAAAACAAACAAGGCCGGGACAACUUUUAACUCACUCACUCACUCAUUCAUUCAUUCAUUCAUUCAUCAAUGUCAAAAAGUUGGAAGAAAGAAAGGGACAAAAGGGAGUUGUUGACAUGCACAAUGCUUGCAUGCGCGUUGCAUUGAGGUAAAUAAAAAUUGGAUUUGCAAAUUUUGCGUGCAUAACUUUUAUGUAUAUAUAUGUAUCUAUAUCCAUAUCUCUAUAUGUAUAGAAAAGAUGCGGGGGGGGAGGAGAUUGAUAGUUAUAGUUCGUGAAAAGGUCCGAUGUAAAAUAAGUACGUACGUACGUACAAAUGAAAUAAAUGAAUGAAAUAAAUAGAUAAAACAAAUAACUAGUGGAAAAUGUCUUUACACUUAUAAACAAUCAAUCAAGGAGUCAAAGAUUAACGGUCAGGGUCGGGUUAGUCAACUAGCAAAACUUGCC